AUGGCAGUGGCUUUUUCUUACAGAUUUCUGCUCUUCUGUGUCGCUUUAUGUAUCAGUUCUGUUCUCGCAUCAACCUCGAUAGGUGACUGGGAAGGUAUCGCCGCCAGCCUGCGCAGCACCUUGGACGCCAUCGAGCUGUCACAUGCACAGCAUGUUCCGCCGUCCAGAGCGGCGCGGUCACGGAGAGACGUGAUAUUUCGAGCAGGUCGUGCUGGGUAUUGGAGACCGUUGGCUCGCAGUCAGCGGCUGGAUCCUUCACAAGAUUUUUCGGAACAGCUGAACGAGUUAGUGGGCGAGAUUGGAAACGCCAUCGAACAGCUGAUCGAGUUGCUUGCGUCGCAGUUCACGCUUGCAACACUGUCGCCUUCUCUCGCCACGUCCACGCAGUCACAACCACACCCCACCAUCUUGCCCAUCACCAAUGUCGACCCUCACUCUCCCCCUCCGUCGUCGACCAUGCUGACGAGCUAUGCGACGUCAAGCCCAAGCACCUCUACGCCCUCAAUUUCGAUCCCAUCAUCCUCCUCUUCGACGACUGCCACGUCCAUCUCCACGUUUAACCCACAAGCCUCAGACCUCAAUGUGGUCUACUACUCGCAAACGGACCUGACUCCAAUCAUCUCGCUGACCCAGGUCUGCAACGACCCGGCCGUCGACAUAGUCAUCAUGGCCUUCGUCACGCAUCUCGUCAGCGGUGACGGCGGGGGAUACCCGGCCAUGAACAUGGCCUCGAACUGCUGGGCGCCCAACGCGGCCCAACAGGCUGUGGGAGCCACGAAGCUGCUCGACUGCGUGGGCGACGGCCUAGCCAGCAAGAUCGCCACGUGUCAGCGGCAGGGCAAGAAGGUCCUUCUCAGCCUCGGCGGGUCCGUGGGAGACCUCACGCUGCCUAGCGACGACAAGGCCAUCGAGGUCGCCAAUACCCUUUGGGGCCUGUUUUUAGGAGGGACAGCGAAUGCCACCCUCACCCCGCUGAGGCCGUAUGGGGAUGUGGUUCUUGAUGGGAUUGAUAUUGACAACGAAUUGCCCUCUGCCGCUACGCACAUCCCGACCCUAGUCUUGACUCUACGACAACUCAUGGCUACCGACCCGUCCAAGGCGUACUACCUCUCAGCCGCGCCGCAGUGUCCGCGGCCCGAUGCGUCGGUGCCCGUGGCGAGCCUGCUCAACGACAUUGAUUUUUUUAGUGUGCAGUUCUACAAUAACCCGUCGUGCCAGCUCAGCGCGGGCGAGGGGUUCUUCGACUCGCUACGGGCCUGGUCCGACGACCUUGUCCUCGCCGGUAAUACUGCCCCGACAACCCAGCGAAGGGCGAGGAGCAAGAGAUCUGUCGAAUUAGAUGCUCGGGACGCCCCUUCUGGCUCCUCUUCCACCUCUCCAGGUGGAGAUGUCAACACAUUCCACAUCAUCAACAACGGCAUCACCGCCCCGCGUCUGCUCAUUGGCACCCCGGCCUUCCCCGGCGCCGGGUCCGGCUACGUCGACGUCGCCACCUACAAGUCGAUCCUCGGGCGGGUCAGGGCGAUGGACCUGCCGAACCUGGCUGGGACCAUGUUUUGGGACGGCGCGUAUCAGGAGGUCAGUGCGCAGUGGGUCAAUGGCGAGAACGUCACGUUUGCGGAGGUGGUUAAGGAGGUUUUGGGGGAGUGA